CAAAAGGGUUGGUUAUCCUUUUAUAGCCUUUCGGUGAUUGGUUUCAACUGCUUUCUCCUUCUUUACCCUGUUUUCUUUCUUUUCCUUCAAACCUUUCAUAAACAGAUCAUAAAGAAAAGGAUCUAGUGCAAUCCUACCUCAAUGCUAAUCCUCCUAGCCUCUCAUAAUUGUUCCUUCUGUUUCAAAUCAACACACACCAUACCACAAAAGUCUAAUAAAGCUGCAAUUUCUGACUUCUCAACCCCAUAAUUCCCAACACAUUUCUCUUUCACUUCCUUUACUUUACCUUUUCAACAUAUAAAUAAAUUUCAAAACAUUUCCCACUCACUCAAAAACAUAGUUCCCCUGUUCAGAAACAGAGCAUGGCAAUUGAAGUGUGUAGUGAAACAAACAGCCCAGGAUUCAGUCCUAGAAUUUCAUUCUCACAUGAUUUAAAGAAUUCAAAUGGUUCAAUCCCCGUCGAAGAUCUUCACCUUCGGUCAGAUUUACACCUCUUAGAUUCAACCUCCGAUUUCGUUUUCUCCAUCACCAAUUGUUUUUCUCAGCAAUUCUCUUCAGCUGAUGAACUUUUCUCCGAUGGAAAAAUAGUUCCAAUGGAAAUAAAAAAAGUUAUCUCCAAUGGAAUUAUCGUUCCAAUGAAGAAAAAUUCAUCAGCUAAUGAAUUCUUUGAGCCUCUUCAAAAAACUACAGUAAUGAAGAAGAGGCUUAAAGAAUUCCUGUCUGAUGAAACAGACGUGGAAGAAGAGAAGCCAUUGUUAUCCAAACAUUUCUGGCAAUUCAAAAGAAGCAGCAGUUUGAAUUUUGAUACAGCUCGUCAAAAUAGAUUGAUUCGUUCUCUACAAUUCUUAUCAAGGAGCCAUUCAACCGGUUCAGCGCCGAAUCCAAAACAAACAGAGCUUCAAAAAGAAAGACAAAAACAAAGGUUGCAGAAACAAUCUUCUGUUUCAAGUAGUAGAAGAUCUUCUUCAUCUUCUUCAACGUCAAGUACAUAUUAUUUCUACAAUUCAUCUAAUAAAUCUUCGUUAAGGAAAUGUUCUUCUAGUAAUGGUGUUAGAAUUAGUCCUGUUUUGAAUCUACCUCAAGCAUAUAUUCCUAAAGUUACUGCAAAUUUUUUUGGAUUUGGUUCAUUGUUUUGUAAAGGAAAAGUUAAAAGAAAGAAGAAAUAGAUGAGUUUUUUAUUUAGUUUUAAUUUAUCA